AUGGUUCCUUUCUGCCUCAAUUGUUCCAUCUUCCCUGGAGACAUGUCCCCCAGGAGUGCAAGGAGCCCGGUGCCCUGCAAUGGCAGUGGGGCGCGGGAGCUCUUUGAACCUGAGGAUUUGAACCUGACUGAUCAGGAGCUGAGACUCAAGUAUCUGGGGCCCCAGAAGACAGAUCUGUUUCUACCCAUUUGUGUCACGUACCUGUUGAUCUUUGUGGUGGGCACCGUGGGCAACGGGCUAACCUGCAUGGUCAUCCUUUGCUACAAGGCCAUGCGCACGCCCACCCACUACUACCUCUUCAGCCUGGCCGUAUCGGACCUGCUGGUGCUGCUCCUAGGCAUGCCCCUGGAGCUCUAUGAGAAGUGGCGUAACUACCCCUUCCUGCUGGGCGCUGGUGGCUGCUACUUCCGUACGCUGCUCUUUGAGACAGUCUGCCUGGCCUCUGUGCUCAAUGUCACCGCCCUGAGUGUGGAGCGCUACAUGGCAGUGGUGCACCCACUGCAGGCCAGGUCUGUGAUGACCCAAGCCCAUGUUCGCCGGGUGCUCGGGGCUAUCUGGAGCCUUGCUGUGCUCUGCUCUCUGCCCAACACCAGCCUGCAUGGCAUCAAGCAGCUGGAUGUGCCCUGCCGGGGCCUAGUGCCCGACUCGGCUAUAUGUAUGGUGGUCAGCUCAAGGGCCUCCUACAACCUACUCAUGCAGAUCACAGCUCUGCUCUUCUUCUGCCUGCCCAUGGCCAUCAUCAGCGUGCUCUACCUGCUCAUCGGGCUACAGCUGCGGAGUGAGAAGCUGCUGCUGCUCAGGCAGGGGCCCAAGAGCAGGGUCCAGCAACUACAGGAUAAGGGUCGGAUGCAGGUGACCAAGAUGCUGUUUGUGCUGAUCCUGGUGUUUGGCAUCUGCUGGGCCCCGUUCCACAUCGACCGUCUCAUGUGGAGCUUCGUGUCGCACUGGACCAACUGCCUGAUCCUGGCCUAUUCGUACGUACACGUCAUCUCCGGCGUCUUCUUCUACCUCAGCUCAGCUGUGAACCCCGUGCUCUACAGCCUCAUGUCCAGCCGCUUCCAGGACACCUUCCGGGAAGCCCUGUGCUUGGGAAGCCGGUGCCGUGGCCACCAACGACGUCACAGCUCCCGCAGCCUCAGCAGGGUGACCACGGGCAGCACCCUGUGUGACAUGGGCUCCCUGGGCAGCAGGGCCCAUCCUCUGGCUGAGAACUGUGGCCCUGAGGGACAGCAAGAGACUGACCUCUCCCUCCAGAGAGAAGCCCCAGAGCAGCUUCACCUGGAGGCACCAGAGGGCCACCUGUAG